AUGGUUCGCAGUUUUAAUAUUGUCGCCGCUGCUACGUUCCUAGCCGGCGUGUGCCAGGCUCAGGCCACCGGGUUCAAGCGCUGUGAUGCGCUCAUUGAUGCCGGACUUGAUGAAAGCCUCCUGCUGCCAGCAAGCGAGGAUGACACGUACACUCGAGCUCUAGGAACGUAUUACUCGGCUACUGUGGCGGAGAUGAGGCCAUUCUGUAUCCUUCAACCCAAAACCGUAGCCGAUGUGUCUACCGCGGUUAAGGCUCUAGCUCCUCUGAGCGGUGCCGGGUCCUGGAACAUCGCCGUCCGCGGCGGUGGUCAUAGUCACUGGGGAGGCAACAACGUCCACAAUGGCGUGACGAUCGACCUUUCUCUUUUCAACAGGACGCCGGUACACAAUUCGACCUGCGGCAAAGUAUGCGUCCUGGCAGAAACCGAAAAGCAUGGACUCGGCGUCACAGGCGGUCGUAUCGGAACUGUUGGUGUCGCCGGUCUCACCCUCGGAGGAGGCACCUCGUUCCUCAUUGCCGAGCGAGGCUUUGCUUGCGAUGACGUUGUGAACUAUGAGGUCGUCCUCGCCGACGGCAGUGUAGUCAACGCCAACAAGCACGACAACCCUCGGCUCUUCAAGGCCCUCAAAAGAGGCGGCAGCAACUUGGGUAUUGUCACCCGCUUCGACAUGGCUACCUUCCCCAAGAAGAUCAUGUACGGUGGCAUCAUGUUUAUCGACUGGAAGCACAAGGAUGAGCUUGUGGAUUCAAUGAUCGAGGUCAUUUCCGACAGCGAGGAGAAGCCCGGAGACAGCAUGAUUGUCAUGUAUGCCUACAAUGCAAGUGCAGCAGCUCCAAUGAUGGGCACCAUCCCCAUGAGUGCCACGGGCGAUGAGGACGCUCGACCCUUCCGCGGGAUGGACCAGAUGACGGCUGCCAUGGAUAUGCGCACGAGGUGGACCUACGGCGAACUCCUUGCCGUCAUGCAACACAACGGUGGCAAGAGAACUCCUGACGCUGAAAAGGCCUUCCCAAACGCCUCCUGGUCGCUCAACUUCGUCUUCCAGCCCUUGCCCAAGGUCGUUGCUAAGUUCUCCGGCGGAAAUGCUCUCGGACUACAACACAGCCUAACGCACGAUGGCAUUCUUUUCGCGGGUGAGGCAACACUCAACACGCGCGCCGAGGAGGCCUACUCCCGCCUCCGCCUGGCUAUAAUCACCCACCAGCUCGAGGAAUACGCCAAGUCAGUCGACGGCAACAUCCCCUUCCGCUAUCUGCCCUACACCGCUCCCGAGCAGGAUCCCCUCAGCACGUACGGCGCUGAGAACAUUGCUCUGAUGAAAGACGUUGCCCUUGAAGACGACCUUACAGGAUUCUUCCAGACAAGGGUCAGUGGAGGCUUCAAGCUCGACAACGUCGCGUAG